AUGAAAGAACCGUUUCACCGUUGUUUCCCAAAAGAACGGUUCACGAAACAACGAACACCCACUGCUAGGCCCCACUGGCCGACCCCGCGGAAGAUCGCCAAUGUGAUUCCCUUCCAGUACAUUUUCUUGUCCCGGCUUGGGCAGGCGCUGGUGACUGGCCAUCGGGGUGCCCUGCCCGGGGCCCCAAAGCAUAUGUCCUACUGGCACCAACUGGGUUGGCCUCUUAUGGCCGGUGCCUUCACGGUGGUGGAGAUGCUUUUCGCGCUGCAGUUCAGGAACAUGAGUGGCAGUACCUCGCCACUCUUCAAAUGCGAUGUGGUUUCGGAUUUCUAUGGGGCGGCGCAGGUCCUCGACUAUUCCUUUCGAGACUUGGUCUCGGCUGGGAAGGUGGAUUGGAAGAUCGGAAACCCAGAAGCUUACAGUAAACAUGGCUUGUUGGUGAAUGGACAGGAGCUGCCAGCAGAUCUCAUCGUCUAUGGCACAGGCUUCGAGAAGGACUACAGUGUGCUCUCGGAGGACGUGAGAUCCAAGCUGGGCAUCGAAGCGGAUGGACUCUACCUCUACCGUCACACCUUGCCCCCCCCGGGUGCCUCGCUUGGCCUUCGUGGGGAGCGAGGUGGCCACCAUCUCCAACAUCUCCAGCUACGGCUUGCAAUCAGCUUGGCUUGGCAAGGUUUGGUCCAACCAGGUUGA